CACCGGUAAAAGGGAAUUAUUCUGCUUUUGAUUACAGAUGUCGGUUAGUUACUGUUAAUCAUGUCCGGGCUGCCCCCAAAUCUACCGCCCUUAACGGGUAACUACAUCAUAAAGAUAGUGCCGACCAGUACGGGAGGCCAACAGUUUACACUCCAGCAGCAAGCACCGCAACAGUUCUCCGUCCAACAGCAAACGGCUUCAUCGUUCCCAGCGGGGGGAAGUCCGGCGUUGGUCUAUCGACAUCAGCAGACCGAACCGGGAAAUGCACACUCAGCCGAGAUUGCCACUCUGGUGAGACAAGUGUUGUCGGAAAUCGCCGAAUUGGAGAAAAGCAUGGGCAUCGUCAAGCUUCCGGAUGUACCCAGCGAAACGGAACUCCUGCUGGAAGCUGAUAUGGCGCGCAGUGCCUCGACACCACCGUUAACGGACUCGGAAGAGGCGGACCAAGGACAGCAGGGUGACGAUCUCUCGAUGUCGGCGUUGGACCCAUCCGUUGGCGCGCUUGUAGAGAAAGCGCUAAAGUUGAUCAAGAAAAGUGAAACGCCAUACGCAAUACCGAUCAUUAAACCCCCGAUGCCGUUCUCGCAAGUGAAGAGUUUGGCCGAGCUAGAGGAGCUGGAAGCGAAGGCCGCCGAUAAAGCGUUCAUCGUGUCCGUGAUCAAAGCCGUGGGCUAUCUGGAAGGGGGCGGCCGGACCGCUUGUUUGCAGCUGGCGGACAAGUUCUUUGACCGGCUCUUCAUAGCACAGUGCUGCUGGGCCGGUAAAACGAGCAACAAAAUUCCAAUCAAAAACUAUAAAAACACGAUUAACUUGCUGUACCGAACGGCACGCUAUUCGGAUCUCAAGCUGACGUACUGGGAGGCGGCGGAUGUAGUCUAUCAGGUCGUAAAGAAUUGGAAGCCCGAAGCCACGAGGAAGCGAAAGGCUACAAUGAGAAGAAAGAAGCGCAUGUAUUCCAUAAACGAAAACAACGACCCAGAUGUAACUCUUGAUAUAUCGAUGAUUAGUGAGGAGAGCGCGAGUGAAAACGAGCCUGACGAGGAAGUCGAACCGUGGUGGUAAUACAACGGAAUUGUGCUACAGCUUUUUAACUUGAUGAUUUUCGCACAGUUUAUGCACUCAUACAAAUAAAUAACUAUUAA